AAGUUGAGUUGUGAGCUGUCAUGUCAUUGUGUCACUUUCAAAUGUCAAAGCAAAUGAGCUUGCAUUUACCGCAUCUUGAUUUUUAAUGUUUUAAUCAUUUAUCUUGUAUUGAAAUUCUAACAGAUAUUUUGUGCUGAUAGUGUUAAGAUUUGCUUUCCCAAUUUCAAGAUGACUACAAACGAUGAUCUUAGCGGGCUCGAUGCCAGUGGGAAGAUAGUGAAAAUGGAAGUGGACUAUAGCACCACUUGUGAUGAGAAGAUCCCAAUGUGGAAGUCCUGGGCGGCCCAGGGCCGUAUCCAGGAGGCCAUUGACCAACUCCUGGCCCUGGAGAAACAAACCAGGACGGGCGCUGACAUGGCAUCUACCUCAAGAAUCUUAGUAGCUGUCGUCCAAAUUUGCUUUGAAGCAAAGGACUGGUCUUCAUUAAAUGACCACAUUGCUCUUCUGGCUAAGAGACGGUCACAACUCAAACAAGCAGUAGUGAAAAUGGUGCAAGAAUGCUGCACCUACGUGGACAAGACUCCCGACAAAGAGACUAAGAUCAAACUGAUUGAAACCCUCCGCUCCAUCACGGAAGGAAAAAUCUAUGUUGAAGUGGAACGGGCCCGUUUAACACAUAUUUUAGCUAAAAUCCGUGAAGACGAAGGCAAUGUUGCAGAAGCUGCUAAAGUCAUUCAGGAACUUCAGGUGGAGACUUACGGGUCCAUGGAUAAGAGGGAAAAGGUUGAGCUGAUUCUGGAGCAAAUGAGACUGUGUCUCGCGAUUAAAGAUUACAUUCGAACCCAAAUUAUUUCUAAGAAGAUUAACACAAAGUUCUUUGAGGAAGAGAAUACUCAGGAGCUCAAAGAGAAGUUCUACCGCAUCAUGAUAGCAGUGGACCAGCACAACGGCGCCUACUUAUCCGUCUGCCGUCACUUCCGCGCGCUGGGCAGCCAGGGCGGGGCGGACGCGCUGGUGGGCAGCGUGGUGUUCCUCAUACUGGCCCCGUACGACAACGAGCAGGCUGAUCUGUCUCAUAGGUUGAAUGAGGACAAGGAUCUGGAGAAGCUGCCUGAUUAUAAACAACUGCUGGGCCUGUUCCUGAACCCGGAGAUCAUCAGAUGGAACACCCUGUGCGCGACGUACGAGAAGACCCUCAAGAGCACCCCGUACUUCGACGUGUGCGACGAGAAGGGGCUCGAGCGGUGGAACGACCUGAAGAACAGGGUUGUUGAACAUAACAUUCGCAUCAUGUCCAUGUACUACACUCGCAUCUCUGUCAAGCGCAUGAGCGAGCUGCUGGGUCUGAGCGAGACGGAGACAGAGGAGGCUCUCAGCCAGCUGGUGGUGAGCGCCGUGGUCAAGGCCAAGAUCGACCGGCCAGCCGGCAUCGUGCACUUUAGCCUGAACAUGGACGCAUCGGACCGGCUGAACGAGUGGUCCAACAAUCUGAACACACUGAUGCAACUGGUCAACAAGACAACACAUCUGAUCAACAAGGAGGAGUGCGUUCACAAACACCUGAUGGCGACCGCCGAAUGAUAUAGACUUAGAGGUCGAAGUACAUGCAUAGAUUGGUUGGGCAUUGGAAAGUAGUCUAUUGUGAAGCUAUCACUGUUGUAGUUAGAUUUGGAUGGGAUGGGUAAUGUGGUAACUAUGUCAACUUAUGUGAACCCUCAUAACAAAUGAAGAAUGACAAAAGCGUAUACGUAUUGUAUGUCCGCUGUCAUUUGUUCUUUCACUAUCAAAUAUAUUGAGGUUGUCGACUGGCAUUUGUUAUAGCACCCAUUGUAUCUGAAUUUGACUACAGCAGGUCUUUUCAACUAUUCUAAUGUCUUAUCUCACUUGCAUACUUUGGUCUUCUCUCACUUUACAAUGUUCAUCCAUGUUUACGCGUCGUGUGUGUAUGAAAAAAGUAAUACUUAGUAAUUAAUUAAUAUUAUGUUUGUAUUAUGAUUGUGGGCGUUAGAUUUCAAACAGGCUUUGAAAUUUGGCUUUCAAAUUACCGAAUAAAUUCCUAUAAAAUCUA